AUGGCCGCGCAGAUGGUUGUGGGCGCCAACGAGCUUGGGGACCUCCUGCACCCGGCGCGGUUCAAGCCACCCACACCCACGGCCGCGCCAGGCUCUGCAGCCGCAGCAAGGCGUGAGGGCAGCGCCCCGCGGCGCGGCGCUGUGGCGGCGCGUGAUGAGUAUGAGGAGAUUGAGGAGAGCGACGACGAGGUGGUGGUGACGGGCGUGAGGCAGGCGCCGACCCCCAGCACAGGGCCGGGCCGCGGUGAUCAUGCGCAGCAGCACCAGCAGCGGCAUCAGCAGCGGCAAGCAGGACAGGGGCAGCAGCAGGCGGCUUGGCAGCAGCACGGCGACCAGCCUCAUGCGGCAUGGCCACCCCAGCAGCAGCAGCAGCAGCAGCAGCAGGAGCAGGACUGCCCCUGGUGGUCCCUGCUGCCCGACUUUGUGCCGGUGGAGGCGCUGGCGGGCGGAUGGGACCCAAGGAAUCAGCAGUGUGUAUUCAUAGACUACAAAAACCAGUUCCAGGAUGCUGGGGCCGGCGGCGCCGCCGCUUCCAAUUACGGGCAGCAAGGGGCUGGCGGCGGCGGCUUCACAGCACGCGGCGGCGGCGGCGGCAGCAGCAAGAGGCGCGCCAGCUCUGGCGCCCGUGGCGGCGGCGGCAAAAAGGGCAAGGGCCGCGGCGCCAAGUCCCGCGGGGCCGCGGCCGCCGCCGGCGCGGACGCCGCUGGCGCUGGCCCCGAGGGCGGCGGUUGGCGCUCGCUGCACGACGGCACGCGCGUGUUCAUCACGCCGGACGGCCGGCAGCUGCAGGGCCAGGCGGCUUACCUGGCAUAUAAGGGCGGCGGCUCGGCGCGCAAGGCGGGCGCGGCCAAGGGCGGCAAGGGCGCCUCCAGGUGGCGCCGGGGCGGCGGGCGCGGCAAGUGA